UUGUGCUUUGUUCUUAAACUUUUAUUUUACAUCAACAACCAAAGCAAAACGAAACGAAACGCUAGACGCUCUCUUACCGUUUCUGCGUUCACACACUGGGUAAAAUUCAGUACGUCACUUUAGGUAUAAACAUACAAACAAACAAACUUCAGUAACAUGAAGUUAAGAGUUAGAGUAAUCAAGCAGACGAGCCGAGUGGAGCUUGAGGGACCAGAACUGACCUUGACCCAACUCAGCACCCAGGUCAAAGAGGUCGUGCUGCCUUCAGCUGGACUCAACACUGAUACAGAAUUUACUCUGUCUCUGAAUGGGAAAGAGCCUCUGGUGGACACAGGACAGACUCUGGCCUCGUGUGGUGUGGUAUCAGGGGACAUGAUUAGUGUAAUUUUGCCUCAUUCUUACUCUUCAUAUUCCUCUGCAUCACCUUCCUCUCACCAGACACACACCAUUUUAGCUGUUCCACAGAACAAACCACAGAGUGCCUCUGGAUCAUGUACAUACCAGUCAGGUGCCAGCAGCAACCAUGAGAGCCCAGAGAGAACAUGUGCCCCGGAGACUGAGGAGACUGAUAUGGACAGAGGUGAGGCUGAAGAGGAAGCAAUGGGGAUAUUCAUCCCUGAGCCCAUGCUGUGCUGUGAGGCUGAAGAAGGUAAGGUUCCUCACUCUCUAGAGACACUGUACCAGACUGCGCAGUGCAACAGCAUCUCGGACUGCGUGCUGUUAGCGGCCCACGUCUUAUUGCUGGAGACCGGCUUCCUGCCACAGGGUUGUGACGUCAGAGCCAGAGAGAUGCCCAGCGGCUGGCGUGCAACGGGUGGUCUCUACAGGCUGCAGUACUCUCACCCUCUUUGUGAGAACAGCCUGGUUCAGGUGGUUGCUGUGCUGAUGGGCCAAACACUUGUUAUAAAUGCCACUCUGAAGACAACUGGUGCAGAGGAGAUUUCAUGGAAGCUGGCACUGAAACCUGAUGCUUACGUGACUAAGGAGUGGGCAGGUGGAAAUGCUGGACUGGUCUACAAAGAGUUGCAGAAACUGUCUCGUGUUUUUAAGGACCAGUUGGCUUACCCACUCAUUGCAACAGCUAGAGAAGCACUGGGUCUGCCUGCACUGUUUGGUCUGCCUGUGCUUCCUCCUGAGCUGCUUUUAAGGAUAAUGCGGCUGCUGGAUGUUCACUCCAUCUUGAGGCUGUCUGCAGUAUGCAGACGCCUGCACUCUGCUACACAAGAUGCCUCACUCUGGAAACACUUUGUGUGCCGUGACUUCGGAGCUGAUACUGAGCAGAGAGACACAGACUGGAACAAGAUUUACAAAAAGAAAUUUCAGCAAAAGAAGACACGGCACGCAUACAGAGUGAGGCAUUACCCUUUCCCAGUUCCCCCAAUUUAUCCUCAUCACCCAGUGCCCAUCCCUCCUCUACCACUUCCUCUUUUUCCGCCCGGCAUCAUUGGAGGAGAGCACGAUCAGAGACCUGCUUUUCCACAGGCCAUCCUGCCACGCCCACGUUAUGACCCUAUUGCCCCGUUUCUAGGUCAAGAACCACCUAUUGGACUUCCAUUUGGACGCCGUUUGCUGAGGCCAGGGGGAAGCCGAGCACCGGACACCAGGAGAGGCUUCAUCUGAAACCCACAGGAAUUAAAAAUCUUACAAACAUUAAAAACAGGCAAACUCACAGAGUAGCAUGCAUGCUCCAAAGACUGGCACAUAGUUUAUUAUCUCCAUAUUCAACAUUCCAGAAUUAAUUAAAUAUAUUUCAAAAAGACAGGGGCAUUUUAUUAGAAAGAAGUCAUGAUUUAUCAUGAAUAAAUAAAUGACUUUGCUGUCAAGUGUUAACACAAUUUCUUCUAUUUUAUUUAUAUGAUUAUAAAAACCAGUAAAAUUUCAGUAAAAAAAAAAAAAUUGACCAAAAAUGCAUUGUCUCAUUUUUUUUAAUCAAAGCAUAAAUGUCAAAGCACAGUGAAGAAAUGAAGGAAACCCCAAUUACAGAUGAUAGGGAAUAGAAUUAAUGUCCCUCUCAGAGGUCUCAUCUCUCUUAAUAUCAGCCUCUGUAGAAAUCUUUCAUGGCCUUCAAGACAUUGUCAGAGAAUCUCUUCAUAUUGCAUCACUUUAAUAAUUUUCAUUCAUUUUGGUCCAGUGUUACUUUGCACUAGAUGAAGCUGAUCUGCCUUUUAAUUUAAGCCAACAGUUUUUCCCAAAUUUUAUUGAACAGAAAUGCUAAUUGACAGUCCGAUGCUUCUCAUGCUUAAAGCUACUGUUGAUCUGACAUUUGCUUAAUGUCAUUUAUAUUGGUAACUUCCACAAUUUGAGUGAAAUCAUGUGUCACUGUAUAAAGCAUUAAAAUAAGAUGGCAAUGAA